GAGAGAGAGAGAGGGUUGCCCACAGGAAAAGGGAAAUCGCGGUACCCAAUUUCACCGUGUCUUGGGAGGGAGUGCUUGCCAUGUGAAGCCCAUUAGUGUUGCCUCUUUUAAAAGCGCACCACUCGGCCAUCGAGGAUUCUUCUUCUUCUUACUUGCCCGCUUGUCUCCCUGUUAAUUUUGAUUUCUGUUGGGCGACAAGAGCUAGGGAAUACCUCACAAACGCAGAGACAGGAGAGGUUGAAUGGAGGAUUUUCAAGAUGCGAAUGAGCUUGACUGGAUUGAAAGUGUGAAAUCAGAGGGAGAUGUUCCACUACUUGAACCUGAUUAUUGCCCCAAUGGUUGGGCCACUCCACCAGGAGAUAAAUUUAUGGUCAGGGGACCUGAGUAUUUCACUACAAAGGUUAAAAUUCCGGCAGGGGAUUACCUAUUAAAACCAUUGGGUUUUGAUUGGAUUAAGGGACACUCUAAGAUUUGUGAUGUUCUAAACAAUCGAAAUAGUCGUGUGGCAAAAGCAGUGGCUGAUGCUGUUGCUGCUGGCGAAAAUCCAUUUGUUUGGGCAUUCAAUCUUCAGGUGCCCAGCAAAGAAAAUUAUAGUGCAAUUGCAUACUUUGUGAAUGUAGACCCUAUUGAAGAAGGGUCUCUUAUGGACCAAUUUCUCAAGGGGGACGAUGCAUUUAGAAAUGCUAGGCUUAAGUUGAUAGCCAACAUUGUUAAUGGGCCAUGGCUAGUGAGAACUGCUGUUGGUGAGCAGGCCAUAUGCAUACUGGGGCGAGCAGUUGCUUGCAAGUACUGUAUUGGAGAAAAUUUCAUUGAAGUUGAUGUUGAUAUUGGGGCAUCAAUGGUUGCAAAUGCCAUAGUUCAUCUGGCUUUUGGUUAUGUCACUAGCUUGACCGUUGAUUUAGCAUUUCUAAUAGAGAGCCAGACCGAAACAGAGCUUCCUGAAAGGAUCUUAGGAGCUGUUAGGUUCUCAGAACUGGACCCUGCUUCUGCAGGGAUGUAUGAACCACCAUCAGAUGAAAGUGAUGAGAACAUGCAAGCAUCUCUCGGCUCUAGAUUAUGGAAAUCGAUUGGGCAAGGCUUCUCUAAUCUCCUGCAUGCAGGUCCGCAGGAUGGUGAUGCUUUGGCAGAGGUGAAUGCCAAUGGCUGUGCCCAAGAAAAUGGAAGUGAAGAUAUGCUUAAAUAAAAAAACUCAUUCCUUGCUGGCAUGCUUUCUCCUGUCCCAAUGUGGGAACUGAAGCUGCAUAUCCCUUGCUGAACAUGGAUUAAAUCUAGUAAAGAAGGGAAGUUCGCAGUUGGACGCACCUCCCCAUUACUUUGAAAUUUGAAUCCACAUUGUUAGGUUACUCGUAGAUUGUUGCUGCAUUUUAUUUGUUGAAUUGAUUAGACAUGUAAUAUGCAACCAAAGGCUUUCUUUUUGUAAGCUGCGGUGCAAUUCGUAAAUUACUGGCUGCUCUGCUGUAUAUGAUGAAUACAAGGUGAAUUCUGAAUAUGUAUCACUGUACCAUAAAUCUAGCUUGUUACGUUCCGAAUAAUAGGAUUGUUUAGACACCAUUUGUAGACAGAUUAAGUGGAAAGAUUGUAUUGCGAGAUUGGUGUUUCA